AGAACCCGGAGACGGAGGGAGGGAGAACAUACUGCGCGCCCACGUUGUCAAAGACUGAGCGUGUUUUUUCCCCAUUCUGAAGGAAGGAGCUGAAAAGGACGCAUUGCCGGUGGAGAGCGUGUCGGAAUCUCUGCUGCCUGCCUGCUGUCUUUUUGUUCCGCCCAGCAGGCGAAGACCUUCACGCUGAACGAUGAUUAACUUCUUGCUUCUCAUCAGCCGACAAGGCAAGACCCGCCUGACCAAGUGGUAUCAGACCUACUCGGCUAAGGAGAAAGCACGCACGGUGCGGGAGAUCACGUCGACGGUGCUGGCGCGCGCCCUCAAGAUGUGCAACUUCGUGGAGUGGAGGGAUAAGAAGAUUGUCUACAAGAGGUAUGCGUCCCUGUUUUUCGUAGCGUGCAUAGACCAGGACGACAACGAGCUCAUCACCCUCGAGAAGAUCCACCUGUUCGUGGAGGUGCUAGACCGUUACUUCGGGAAUGUCUGCGAGCUAGACAUCAUCUUCAACUUCCACAAGGCGUACUACAUCUUAGACGAGCUCUUCAUCGGGGGGGAACUGCAGGAAAGUUCGAAGAAGGAGGUGUUGCGAGUAUGCUCUCAGAUGGACGACCUGAUGGAGGAGGCCAAGGAGGAAGCGGCGAAUGGAAACCAGGGGCCAUCCCGCCGCCGGUGACCGCGACACACGCCGCCAUUCCGUUGGCGAUUGGUCGCGCUCCCUCCGGCCGACUCCCCUCCGCAGGGCUGUUGAAUGCUUCAUGCUGCUGUGCCGCCUUUGAAUGCUUGCACAUCUUUUUUUGUGUUUCGUGUGCAACGUCUACGGAAAGUUGUACAGACAAUGUCGCCAACAGAUUGGGAUUACAAAAGAGUAGAAGAAGAUUUGGUUUACGUGUUUAUUCGGAGUUUGUAUCUUUCUUUGUCGUGUUCAUCGUUGCCUAUUUAGCUCCUCCCACCCCUUCCUUUUUGGGCGUUGGCGUCGUAGUUAGGUAAUAUGGUACGUAUCUUCCUCGCCGCCCCCGUCCAUCUAUCAGUUCGUUCGUUCGCGGCUUCUGUUUGUUGCGCCGACGGGAAGAAAGUAGGUCCUUUUUUG